GCCCCGCCCCCGGCGUCGUGAGGGGAAGCGGGCGGGGCGCGCGCGCGCACUGCGGCCCCUCAGCGGCGGCGGCCGGUCCCGGCGGGAUCAGGUGGGAGCUGCGGCUCUACCGGGGCCGUGAGGGCAGGAGAAGGAGGACGAGGAGGAAGGUCCAGCUCCGGCAGAAGCUCGGCUGGCUGAGGCGGCCUGUUGGCGCCGCGUCUGGGGGCUGCCCAGGCGGGUCCCUCCCGCCGUGCGUGCGGGGGUCUCGCAUCGCCCUCACGGCCGGAGAGCGGAGCUGGGCCGGGGGUCCGGCGGGGCCCGGGGUCCGGCGGGGCCCGUGCCGUGAGUAGAAAUGACUACCCCAAACAAGACCCCACCUGGUGCUGAUCCGAAGCAGUUGGAGAGGACUGGUACUGUUAGAGAAAUAGGCUCACAAGCAGUUUGGUCUCUCUCAUCCUGUAAGCCAGGGUUUGGAGUGGAUCAGUUGCGAGAUGAUAAUCUAGAAACUUACUGGCAGUCAGAUGGAUCACAGCCUCAUUUGGUGAACAUCCAAUUUAGAAGAAAAACAACAGUGAAGACCUUAUGUAUUUAUGCAGACUACAAAUCUGAUGAAAGUUACACUCCAAGCAAAAUCUCUGUCAGAGUAGGAAACAAUUUUCAUAAUCUCCAGGAAAUCCGGCAGCUGGAGCUGGUGGAGCCCAGCGGGUGGAUCCACGUUCCCCUCACAGACACCCACAAGAAGCCCAUUCGCACCUUUAUGAUCCAGAUCGCCGUUCUGGCCAACCACCAGAACGGCAGGGACACCCACAUGAGGCAGAUCAAGGUUUACACGCCCGUGGAGGAGAGCUCCAUUGGGAAAUUCCCCCGGUGUACGACCAUCGAUUUCAUGAUGUACCGCUCCAUCAGAUAAAACUUCCUCACCAGGAGUAAUGAAGGGAUUGCUUCAUGACUGUAUCACUUCCAAAGUAUUCCGAUACUUGAAGAGCAGGGUUUACUUCAAUGUAAUUGUGUCUUUAUGUUUAUACUUUGUACAAUUUUGAAAUAAAGAUAAUCUUGCGCUACA